CCAUUCACUCGAUAAAAGUCGAUGAAAGAGGUAUGAUGCUCGGAGGUAAACGAAAGAUGGCGGAAUGACGUUAUUCGUAUACGUAACGAAAGAGAUUCUCGUGCGAAAUAUUCGAUCGACAGUUGUAUAAUAAACAAUAAAGAGUCGCCAUGCCUCCCACGGUGCAUUCUGCGGUUUCUACAAAUGAAAGGAAGCAGAGACCGGGAGAACGCAAAUCAGAAAUUGUUUGCAGAGUUAAAUAUUGUAAUACAUUACCUGAUAUUCCAUUUGAUCCAAAAUUUAUAACGUAUCCUUUCGAAUCUAAUAGAUUCGUCCAAUAUAAACCAACUUCUCUUGAAAGAAAUUAUAAACAUGAUCUUCUUACUGAACAUGACUUAGGUGUUACAAUAGAUUUAAUAAAUCCUAAUACCUAUACUAUUGACCCAAAUGAAUUAAUGCUUCAUCCUGAAGAUGAAAAAUUACUGGAAGAAGAAAGUCUUGCACCUCAAGAUUCUAAAAGAUCACGUCAUCAUAAUAAAAUUGUUCCUUGGUUGAAAAAAACUGAAUAUAUUUCAACAGAAUUUAACAGAUAUGGACAUAGCAGCGAAAAAACAGAAACAAAAGUUGGUUAUAAUGUUAAAAAACUUUUCAAAGAGGAAAAUUUAUAUAUGGAUCGUGAAAGUCAAAUUCGUGCUAUUAAUAAGACAUUUGAAGAUGCCCAAAAACCAAUAGAAAAGCAUUACACUAAACCAGGUGUCGUACCUUUAGAAAUAUUACCUGUAUUUCCUGAUUUUGAGCUUUGGAAAUAUCCAUUUGCUCAAGUAAUGUUUGAUACAGCACCAGCUCCAAUGACUCAAAUAGAAGAAAUGUCACAGGCUAUGAUCAGAGGUGUAAUGGAUGAAAGUGGAGAACAGUUUGUAGCUUAUUUCUUACCCACAGAGGAAACAAUUGAAAAAAGGAAGAGAGAUUCUGAAGAAGGAAUGGAUUAUAUGGAUGAGGAUGAAUAUGAGUACAAAAUGGCACGUGAAUAUAAUUGGAAUGUUAAGAAUAAGGCUUCGAAGGGUUACGAAGAAAAUUAUUUUUUUGUAUUUCGUGAUGGUGCAGUAUAUUACGAUGAAUUGGAAACUAGGGUAAGACUAAGUAAACGUCGCUUGAAACCAGGAGUACAGCCAAACAAUUCCAGAUUGGUAGUACAUCACAGAGCAUUAAAUGAAGCUGAAUUAAGAACUCAGGAAGUACGAAUGACUCAAUUAGAACCACCUCAAGAAGAGGAGGAGGAGGAAGAAGAAGAAGAAGUCAGAAAUGGAACAAAAGAAGUGUCUGAAGGUGAAAGUGAUAAAGAAGACAGACAAGAAGAGGACAAACAAGAAGAAAAAGAUGAAGACGAAGAAGAGAAAAUGGAUGUAGACGAAGACGCCGAAGAGAGAGAGAGCCAAGAAAACGAAGAGGAUGAAGAAAAAGAAAAUGCAGAUAAAGAUAAAAACUCUAAAUCAGCUAGUAGUAGUAGUAGCGAGUCAUCUUCAUCAAUGUCAUCAUCAAGUGAAAGCGAAAGUGAGGCCGAAGAGGAGGAGGAGGAGGAAGAAGAGGAGGAAGAGGAGGAGGAAGAUCAGAAGAGGAGAGACGAAGAAGAGAUCUUUGGUAGUGCAAGUGAUAGUGAUUGAUAUAUCAACGACAAAGAGAAAUAAAUUGGAUUUAAGUCUUUAUAAAAAAAAAAAGUAUUGUAAAUAACUAUUUACUAUUUCUUU